CUCAUCGUCAACUUGUCGUAUUUGUCUUGGUCAAUGUUGAUGACUGAAAGUGUACGAACAGAGUGUGCCUGUGCCUACGCAGGGCUGAGUAAUGGUCCACCCGUCCUGAACAUUCUUGCUCUCCUUGCCACCACCCUCUUUCUCAUUUCCACGCAAUACUGCAUACUCUGUUAGCGAAUGCGACAAUGCCAUUUGGCCGACUUGGCGAAGAGCGUCGGAGUUAGCGAGACUUGGGGCUCCGGUUCCCACCCUCAUGCACAAGAGUACAUAUAGGGCUCUAUCUCUACUGUUGGCAUAAACCCAACCUCGAAGCUGCCCAUAUACCCCGAAGAUGAGUACCGUAAUCGUCUUUGGUCCAACCGGCAAUAUCGGCUCCGUCGCCGCACGUACCGCCGAAGCAUGUGGCGCCACAGUCUGGCUUGGUAUGCGUGAUACUUCCAAGGCCAUACCGACCCUUACCGCUGAACAAGAGAAGUCUGGCCGCUUCGAAAGAGUGGAAGCCGACCUCACCAACCCUGACACCCUCACUGCCGCGGUUAAAAAAUCAGGUGCCAAGCGCGCUUUCAUCUACCUCGCCCAUGGCAGUAAGGACCACAUGAAGGCAUCCCUCCAAGCAUUGAAGUCUGCUGGGGUCGAGUACAUCGUCUUCCUAAGCAGUUUCACCAUCAAUACGCCAUCACCUGCGGACAUCGAACCGAGCGAACUUAUUCCCUACGUCCACGCUCAAGUCGAGCUAAGCCUGGAUUCAGUCUUUGGACAUGACAACUUCGUAGCAGUCCGACCUGGAGCCUUUGCCACCAACAUAUUGCCCUACGUAUCCGGUAUCAAAGCCGGUCAUGUGUCAUGCCCAGGCGCGAACUUCGACAUGGACGCCGUAACCUUUACCGACAUGGGGGAGGUAAGCGGCAUCCUUCUUGCGUCUGGGCCGAAGAACGGACAGCAUGAAGUCUAUGUAUACGGUCCGGAAAGGAUGACUCAAGGAGAAGCGAUCAAGCGGGCAGGUAAGGUGGUCUGGGGUAAUGAUGUCGAGGUUCAAGAUCUUACCGGUCAGGAUGCUUUGGACGCUUACGCCAAGGCUGGGUUUCCGAAGCCGUUUGCAGACUACAUGGCAAGGGUCAUCAGCCGCACCGAUGAAGAAGCAGAUGCUAAUCACGUGCGAUAUGAGGAAGGCGUGAAGAAUGUUGAGCUUUACACGGGUCAUCCGGCUACGAAGUUUGAGGAUUUCGUCGAAGCGCAUAAGAGUCUGUUCGGAGCGUGAAGCGUAUCGUGUAGCGACUUAUGAAUGCGAUCAAACGACUAUGCACGGCUUGUUCACACGCAGGCAGCGCAUCUGUAUAACCGGAUUGGCCUCCGGUAAGCAGCUCCACGAAUGGCUUGCUGAACAUGUCAUCGGCAGCGGCGAACUCGUCAGCGACUUCUCCUCGUAAACAGCGGCACUGAUUCGGCCGACACCCGCAACGGUCAGUCGGUGUUAGUGAGUGGACGGACUGAGUCCUCAGGUAGUGAGCCAGUAGAAGAGCGGGCUGAAACGAUGACUUUCGUUAACCUCACUGAAAUAGG